CCUUGGGGGUGAAAGUGCAGAGUUCAGCCUCCCAUCUCACUGCGGUCCUUCAGCGAGAUCUGUACCGGAGUAGAAAGGAGGGAGAUUUGUUUUGCUCUCUAUUUUUUAAUUGCGUAUAUGUUGUAUUGUUUUGAUUCCUUUUUAAGUUGCGCGCCCUGUGGCAUAGAGCGAAGAUGCAGGACCUGCUUGCUACUGUUGAUCAUAUUAAAUUCGAUCUGGAGGUUGCUGUGGAGCAGCAGCUGGGAGCACAGCCCCUGCCGUUUCCUGGCAUGGACAAAUCUGGUGCCGCUGUGUGUGAAUUCUUCCUCAAAGCGGCAUGUAUAAAAGGAGGCAUGUGUCCGUUCCGACACAUCAGUGGAGAGAAGACGGUGGUGUGUAAGCACUGGCUGAGGGGGCUGUGUAAGAAAGGAGACCAGUGUGAGUUUCUACAUGAGUAUGAUAUGACCAAGAUGCCAGAGUGUUACUUCUACUCCAAGUUUGGAGAGUGCAGUAAUAAGGAGUGUCCGUUCUUGCACAUUGACCCCGAGUCAAAAAUCAAAGACUGCCCGUGGUACGACCGAGGAUUCUGUAAACAUGGUCCCCUGUGCAGACACAGGCACUCUCGAAGAUAUAUCUGCGUCAAUUACCUGGUCGGGUUCUGUCCUGAAGGGCCCUCCUGUAAACAUGUGCAUCCUCGCUUUGAGUUGCCAAUGGGAACAACAGAACAACCGCCGUUACCUCAGCAACCGGCGAUGCAGCAGAAAGCACGGAACCUUCAGAAUUUUCAGCAGCAAAACGUUACUCCAAUGAUUCAGAGGUCAUCGUCCUCCCUGAUUCAGCUCACAAGCACCAACAUCACCUCCAACCAGCAGAGGAUGCCGCAGGGGUUUGGAGCCAUGCAAUACCAUGGCAACAGCACAGGAAGCAGAGGGCCCAGACCCCUGGAGCAGGUCACCUGUUACAAGUGCGGUGAGAAGGGGCACUACGCAAACCGAUGUACCAAAGGACACCUGGCAUUCCUGAGUGGGCAGUAAUUAGUCCUCGCUGGCCUGUGGAACCUGAACUCUGGAAACAGUCACUGGAGCGCAACACGCUGCCCAAAAACAGUUUCUACAUCGGUCCCGUUUUCAGGGGACCCCUUUUUAUUUUAAAGAGGCAGUGAACCCUUUUUAGUUUCUUGUGUCUGUCCCUGUGAGUAGUUCACAGUCAAACAGUUUUGUCACUUACAAGUUGCCCCUUUUGAAAAAUACCAGCUGCCUGCAGGUAGAGAACAGUAGCGGACUGUCAGGACUCUUGCUUUUUAGUUUGUAAUAGUGGUGGUUGAUGCAGAGUUAGUCAGAAGUUUAUUAAUGGUUGUUAAGAGAAUACAGGCGUGAGUAUGCCAGCCUGAUUCAGUUCCAUUGCCAUGCACUUAGCACAGCUGCAUGCAUGGAGUAGAGUGGAAGCAUUCUUUCAGGACUUUGGGUGACAGUAAGGAUAGCAGGCAGUAUCUUACAUUUACUGGGAUUUGUUUUAAAGCUUUGCUUGGUAUUUUAUUAUGUGCUUAGAUUGUUGCAACCCCUGGGGCAUCCAACCUAGAAUCACAUGCACUGUCAGCCAAAAAAAAAAAAAGAAAAAACACUUUGGUGCCUUUUUACUUUAAUUAUUUUUCAAGACCUGUGCUUCUUUUCUGUUCUGGUAAUUUACAGCGUGUUAAAAUAAAGCUAACCCACUAGCCACAAGGCAGGCAAGCAAAACCACAGCCCAGUAAGCACAAGCAGAAAAACAGAAUUGAUCGCUGCCAUCUGCUCCAUUUUAAUAUUGUUUUAUUUGCAUGUGUGUCUGUUUUUAUUAGUUUUCUUAUGUAUUUCGGUAUAGCACCCAGGGCACCAGUGGCGAACUGCUGUAACUAGUUUUUGACUGGGAUUUUAACUUGGCAGUGUCGCCUAGCCUGCAAAAGCAUUUACAGCCAGGAUCCUAAAGUGACACUUUUCUGACCUCCCUUACUGCUCAGCCAUUGGUCAUUGUCUGAACUUGUGGAAAAGGCUGGUUUGUAUUGGGGUCAUAAACAAGGAGUGUGAACGCAGGUGCAUUUUAGUAACAAUCUCAAGCUGCAAUUCACAAGACAGCUACUUUUCUUAUAUUCUCAUUGAUGGUUGACAGUACUAUUGAAAAAGGUAACAAAAGGUGCAGGAAAGCAGAAAUAAUGUAAUAUAAUAAAUGUUACCCUAGUUUUCUUUAUUAACCAUUUGCUUUUUUUUUUUUUUUUUAAUUGGCAUCAGAUUGUUGCUUUUGUUUUUGCUGCAUUUUCUGCAAUGCCAGAGCAUGAUCUCUUCAUUUUUAUUCAGUUCAGUACAAUAGCCUGUGUUUCCAAUUGCUUGUUUGAUCAAAUUAGCCUAGGCUUAGUAUGACCAAUCUUAAGGAAUGGGUCUUGUAAUGUAAGACUUUGAUAAGACCUCCCGUUUUAAAGCACUUGCUCAUUUGAUGGCAAGGCUAUCUGCAGACUGGUAUUUGCUGUGAGCCAAUACAGUAGCUCGGAGUCCAAGCCUUCAACAACCUGUUUGACCAUGUUAUCCGCAGUGUAAGUUAUCUCAAAAUGAAUGAAUAAGAAGUAUUGCUCAUAUCCCCCGUAAUGAGCCAAGAGUCAUAUGUGUUACGUAAUAAGAGUAAUAAAUUCCACAAGCUCUGUAAAUGGCAUACCUGAGAACUUUAUAUGGUGACCAACACCAAAGAGUGUCAGACUGCUUUGCAGAGCCGAGAAGAGGGACAUUCAGACUUGCAGGUAAAGGAUUUUUUAUGUAAGGUAAAGAAGUACUGGCAAAGCCAAAUGUUUUUAUGGAUUGAUGAAGUGCUUGUUCUUUUCAUGUUUUUUAAUUAAAGAAUAUUAUUCCAAAA